GUAAAGCCACCAUGGCCUCCCAUGCUGCGCCUGUGGAUGCCAAGGCAGAGCUGACCUCUCUGCUGGACCAAUGGGAGACGGAGCAGCAAGGAACCACUGACGACCUGGUCUCCGUCCUCACCAAGUUAGUAACACCAACUAGCUAAUAAUGGAAAAGACUAGUGGGAGACUUCAGUGGAUUUACUGCCACUGUUUUUGUAUAGGCCUAUUGCUGUUGUACUGUUUAGGUCCAUCCGUUGCUGCUUUGUUUUUCGUGUAGACAUUACAAUAGCACAUCUUCUAUUCUUCAUAUGACAGACAGUUGAUCAUUCAUGUUUUCUUUUGUGUGUGUUAGAAUCUCUGAGCUGAUAGAGCGCGAGACAGAGGAGUAUCAUAAAGCUGAUCCUGACCCGUUUGAUGACCGCCAUCCAGGACGAGCAGAUCCAGAAUGCAUGUUGGGACAUUUACUCAAAAUCCUCUUCAAGAAUGACGACUUCACAAAUGCGGUACGAAUCAAGGCUACCAUCUAUGCAAAUUGAGCUACACUUCUCCUAUUACGUUAAUAAGACCGCUGAGGCCUGUGACUCUCUGUGUUAACCCUGUGUAUCUCUGUCCUCCAGCUGUUCAAUAACUAUGUGAUGACCAGUAGAGAGCUGUGUGUUAACCCUGUGUCUGUCCUCUGACCUCUCCUGCUAGUUGCUGAAUAGCUAUGUGAUGACCAGUAGAGAGCUGUCCAUGAACACGGCAGCGUGUCGUCUGCUACAGAACAUAAUGCCAGGUCUGGAGACAGCUGUGGUGUUCCAGGAGAAGGUACUGUACUAUCAUUCAGACAGCUGUGGUGUUGCAGGAGAAGGUACUGUCAUUCAGACAGCUGUGGUGUUCCAGGAGAAGGUACUGUUCUGUCAUUCAGACAGCUGUGGUGUUGCAGGAGAAGGUACUGUCAUUCAGACAGCUGUGGUGUUCCAGGAGAAGGUACUGUUCUGUCAUUCAGACAGCUGUGGUGUUCCAGGAGAAGGUACUGUUCUGUCAUUCAGACAGCUGUAGUGUUACAAGAGAAGGUACUGUUCUGUCAUUCAGACAGCUGUGGUGUUCCAGGAGAAGGUACUGUUCUGUCAUUCAGACAGCUGUGGUGUUCCAGGAGAAGGUACUGUUCUGUCAUUCAGACAGCUGUGGUGUUCCAGGAGAAGGUACUGUUCUGUCAUUCAGACAGCUGUGGUGUUCCAGGAGAAGGUACUGUUCUGUCAUUCAGACAGCUGUGGUGUUCCAGGAGAAGGUACUGUUCUGUCAUUCAGACAGCUGUGGUGUUGCAGGAGAAGGUACUGUUCUGUCAUUCAGACAGCUGUGGUGUUCCAGGAGAAGGUACUGUCAUUGUCAUUCCCCUACUGUUGUUCAGGCAGGCCACACCCUUGACUAGCUCGAUUGCCCCCCUCUUAAAAUAUUUUUGGGGAAUAAUCUAGAAGGAACGCUGCUGUUAUUUGUACCUAAACAUCAUAGUUGGAAAUCUAAUUGGAUCCAUUACACAUGUCAAAGUCAGUCAUUUGCUCUACGCAUAAACAGUCCCCUUGUGAAUGUUGUAAACCCCUGUUUUGAAAUGCUGUGAACGUGCGUUCUAGACUUACUGUGUGUGUUGAAACAGGAGGGUCUGGUUGAGAAGCUGUUUAAAUGGGCCCAGGAGGCAGAGCAGCCUCUGUGUAUCUACGCUACAGGACUACUGGCCAGAGCGAUGGAGAACCAGGAGAUCGCUGCAAACUACAGGGAUGAAAACUCCAAACUGGUUAGUACACACACAUUGGUGUGUUUUGAGUUGUUGUUCGUUAGACUAUGCUUCAAUGUCAUCCUUGGUGUCUCAGGUGCCGCUGAUGCUGAUGAGGCUACGUGAGCUGCAGGAUGAAGAAUCAAAGAGUCGUCAGGCUUUAAAACGCCCCAGCCCUAAGAAGACCUUCCAGGCCCUCCAGUCUGUAGCAGAGGAACCUACAGACAGAGACCCCAACGAGGAAGAGAGCAGCACACCUCAACAGAAUACAGCAACAGAUAACGAGGAGGAAGAGGAGGAGGAGGAGGAAGAGGAGAGGAAGGACAAAAAGGAGAGGGGAAGAGAGACGACAUGUAGUAGUAGCAGGGCUGCGUUGUCCAGGCCCAAGCCAUCGUUCCACCUGGGUAAGGCCCAGAAGACCAGCAGCUGUGUAUCGGUGAAGCCCAUUCAAGACGCCCUGUACCAGCCAGGUCCAUGCCCCGACACCAGCCUGGGAGGGCCUGAAACCAGGGGGCAGGAGUCUGGAGGAGGCCUGUGGAGGAAGAGAACAGCCACUGUCAGGGAGAAUGGGAGGAAAGCCAAACAGGUAACAUCCACCAGCAUGUUUCUGAAAUAGCAUACUCUUUCCCUGUAUAGUGCACUACUUUUGACCAGGGCUCAUAUGUCUCUGGUCGAAAGUAGUGCACUAUAAAUAGGGUGCCUUUUCAGACUCACACCCUUUUGUUGUACCUGUUCUUGUGUAUUGUUUUCAUAUACAGCUGCAAAAUCAAAUCAAAUGGCUGUUUUUUGAGGGAUCAUAAACCUCAAUCUGAAUCCACAGAAACUCCACUUCGCCGCCUCUUCCACGGAUCCAGAGAGAGAGCGAGGGAGAGGAUUGUCCUGCAGUACCGGUAGUGAUCAGUCUAACAGUAGCUGGUCAGAGAUGAGCUCCUGGGUGAUUGGGGACAACUACCGUCUGUACCCCCUCACCCCUGCUAUAGAGCAACGCCUCAUCCUCCAGUACCUCACACCCCUAGGGGAUUACCAGGAGGUAAGGACCCCAUCACCGCCUACCGCUUAACGUUGGUCCCACAUCACACAGAUAUUAAGGACCCCAUCACCGCUUAACGUUGGUCCCACAUCACACCGAUAUUAAGGACCCCAUCACCGCUUAACGUUGGUCCCACAUCACACCGAUAUUAAGGACCCCAUCACCGCUUAACGUUGGUCCCACAUCACACCGAUAUUAAGGACCCCAUCACCGCUUAACGUUGGUCCCACGUCACACAGAUAUUAAGGACCCCAUCACCGCAGUAACGUUGGUCCCACAUCACACAGAUAUGAAGGACCCCAUCACCGCAGUAACGUUGGUCCCACAUCACACAGAUAUGAAGGACCCCAUCACCGCUUAACGUUGGUCCCACAUCACACCGAUAUUAAGGACCCCAUCACCGCCUACCGCUUAACGUUGGUCCCACAUCACACCGAUAUUAAGGACCCCAUCACCGCAUUAACGUUGGUCCCACAUCACAGAUAUUAAGGACCCCAUCACCGCAUUAACGUUGGUCCCACAUCACACCGAUAUUAAGGACCCCAUCACCGCCUACCGCUUAACGUUGGUCCCACAUCACACCGAUAUUAAGGACCCCAUCACCGCUUAACGUUGGUCCCACAUCACACAGAUAUGAAGGACCCCAUCACCGCUUAACGUUGGUCCCACAUCACACCGAUAUUAAGGACCCCAUCACCGCUUAACGUUGGUCCCACAUCACACAGAUAUGAAGGACCCCAUCACCGCAUUAACGUUGGUCCCACAUCACACAGAUAUGAAGGACCCCAUCACCGCAGUAACGUUGGUCCCACAUCACACAGAUAUGAAGGACCCCAUCACCGCAUUAACGUUGGUCCCACAUCACACAGAUAUUAAGGACCCCAUCACCGCAUUAACGUUGGUCCCACGUCGCAUAAUGACAUCACAUGUCUCUGAUAUGCAUGUAUUAACAUGGUAGUUACAUUAGCAAGUACAGUGUUAGUCACACACAAAGUACUUAGAAAUGACAUUCCCUUUUAGCCAUUCUUCAUACUCAUGUAUUGUCAGUCACGUUAACUGGUCAAACAAGCGUUGGAUAAACGUAUCUAUGUGCUUUGAGGACUUGAACCAACUGUGUUGUUCCCUCUGUCUCUCGUCCUGGAGCUGCUAGCUGUGUUCAUGCAGAUGGACACCAGAGAGCUUCUCAUGUACUACAUUGACCUGAAACACACCAACGAUGUCCAGCUCACCUUCGACUCACUCCUGGUAAAUCAUCGUCACUGAUGUCGUUAUUUAGCAGGAGUGCCACUCCAGGUCUUCACGUUACGGUUUUAUUUCCUGUGACUACAUUGUUAUUCCCUAUUAGGUGAAUUGGGUUUGGUGAGGAACUGAAACCAUAUUUGGGUUGUGUUUUUUUUUCCGCCAGCUACUAGUCAUUACCUGCAGAGUAGAGAAUAAGGGAAACCCCCUGGAAACAGGAGGGUUAGGAGACUCACACCAUGAGUAUCUCAAUAGCCUGACUGUUGCAGGUCAGCUGUGUCUGUGUGUCUGUGAUAAGACCAUGUGAAGGCUGAGGGCGAGGUUCUGCUCACAUAGAGAUAGUGUCCGAAUGUCGGUGUAACGGACCUCGUUUGAUGAACCAUGCUUGCUUUAUGGAAAACCUUGCCUGAGACCUGAAUACUUGUGUUAGCUCCCCCCCCCCCCCCCCCCAAGGUAAUCCCUGGUCUUUAGUUUAGUGGGCUAACACAGUUCUGUUAGUCUGGUUUUUAACCGUGGUCAGUCACGUUGGCUCAUCUCUAAUCACUCUGUAUUAUUUGCGUCUUUGUCUCCAGUACCUUGCCUCCCUGCUCCUGCACAAGAAGUUUGCAGCUGACUUCAUAGCUCAUGGAGGAGUGCAGACGCUGCUGGAUAUCCCCAGACCCUCCAUGGCCGCCACAGGGGUGUCACUGUGCCUCUACUACCUGGCUUAUAACCAGGACGCCAUGGAGAGGGUAGGAGUCUCACACACACACACACACACACACACUUACCACACAGAAGUAAAUCCACAUUUAUCUCCCCCCCAAAUUAAACCUCAUUGUAUGUCAUUUUGUUUACUGUCACGCGACUUGAAACGUAUAAGUGUGGAGGUGUGUAUGUAAACCUGACUGUGUCUCCCCGUCCUUCAGGUGUGUAUGUAAACCUGACUGUCUCCCCGUCCUUCAGGUGUGUAUGCUGGCGGACGGUGUGCUGUCGGACAUGGUGGGCUAUGCCCUGUGGCUCCUGGAGUGUUCCCACGCGUCAGGCUGCUGCCACGCCACCAUGUUCUUCUCCAUCUCCUUCUCGUUCAGAGCGAUACUGCAGCUGUUUGACCAUCAGGACGGGCUCAGGAGACUAGUCAACCUGGUGAAUAGAGCUCCAGUAUUUCCCCUAGCGUUACGUUUGUGAGGCGGGCUCCCCCCCCCAUGCCCUAGCUAUGUCGUCCCUCUGCUAAAAGAGUUAAAGCUUCUACUGAUUUUCAGAAGACAACUGUGCUGUUUAGUUCCCUUUGACCCAGUGCUGUGUACUGUCUCUCUCUCUCUCUCUCUAGAUCAGUACAUUGGAGAUCCUGAACACAGAGGACCAGGGGGCCAUGUUGAGUGACGACCAGGUGUUCUCCAGCCGUCAGACAGCCAAACACACCUGUAUGGCCCUGAGAAGGUACUUCGAGGCCCACCUGGCUGUCAGGGUGGAGCAAGUCAAACAGUCCCUCCAUAGGACUGAAGGGGGCGCUCAAGUUCACCCUCAGCCUUACUACAAGGUAGGUUCCCUUUUUAGUGAAGUCCUGAGAUGAACACACAAACUAAACAUUCAUUUAGACAUGAUCAAGAUUAGCUAAUUUAAUUUGGGAUGUUAAAGAUGUAUUCAUUGAUUUAGUUAGAAUGAUCGAUUAUGGAUAACGAAGACUGAUUGAUUUCAGUGAUCGAUUGCUCGGUUGGUUGAUUGACUUUUCAAUGAAUUUAUUGACUUGUUGUGUGUAUGUCCCCCCCAGUCGUGUUCAUACAGCCAUGAGCAGGUGGUGGAGAUGAUGGAGUUUCUGAUAGAGUGUGGUCCCGUUCAGCUUCACUGGGAGCCUGUAGAUUUGUUCCAGAAGCUCUCCUGUAUACCCCUGAUGUUACAACUCAUCUCUAUAGCCUGCGACUGGAGGACUUACUAUGGCAGGUACGUUACAUUUUAGUCAUUUUAGCAGACGCUCUUAUCCAGGGCGACUUACAGUUAGUGAAUAAAUUAUUUUUUAAAAAGUAGUCCCACGUUACUAGCAGUCUCUCUAAUUGACCUGAUCAACAUCUGCACAUUCUCCAAAUGAAGACUUCACAGAUCUGUUUUGUUCUUUACCCAGUUUCUCGCUGUCGUUUGUUGUCAUGACAAAAUGCACGAGUUGGCAAAUGCCUAAACUGUGACCAGGCUAAGACUUUGAAACGUUGUGAUUUUUAAAAACCCCAAUAUAUUUUUUCCCCCCAAGGUCUAGUGGGCAGUUCCAGGUAUAUCUAGUUGAGUGAAGAUAAAAGCCCUGUUCAGUCCUUCCUCCUCCUCCUUGUCAGUGAGAGUGCUGCACCCCCAAUAGAGAUAACACUGUGUUACAGGUCUGAUACGGUGCGUUUUGCCCUGGACAUCCUGGCCAUGUUGACUGUAGCGCCAAAUGUUCAGCUGCUACUUGCUGAGACUGUCGACGUGCUGGAUGAAGGAGGAUCGACCGUCUGCACUGUCGGUAUGUCUCUCUAGAUUCUCUAUCUAUACUACUAGGUCAGUCUCUAGAUUCUCUAUCUAUACUACUAGGUCAGUCUCUAGAUUCUCUAUCUAUAUAUACUACUAGGUCAGUCUCUAGAUUCUCUAUCUAUACUACUAGGUCAGUCUCUAGAUUCUCUAUCUAUACUACUAGGUCAGUCUCUAGAUUCUCUAUCUAUACUACUAGGUCAGUCUCGAGAUUCUCUAUCUAUACUACUAGGUCAGUCUCGAGAUUCUCUAUAUAUAUACUACUAGGUCAGUCUCUAGAUUCUCUAUAUAUAUACUACUAGGUCAGUCUCGAGAUUAUAUAUAUAUAUACUACUAGGUCAGUCUCUAGAUUCUCUAUCUAUACUACUAGGUCAGUCUCGAGAUUCUCUAUAUAUAUAUAUACUACUAGGUCAGUCUCGAGAUUCUCUAUAUAUACUACUAGGUCAGUCUCUAGAUUCUCUAUCUAAACUACUAGGUCAGUCUCGAGAUUCUCUAUAUAUAUAUAUAUAUACUACUAGGUCAGUCUCUAGAUUCUCUAUCUAUACUACUAGGUCAGUCUCGAGAUUAUCUAUCUAUAUAUACUACUAGGUCAGUCUCUAGAUUCUAUAUAUAUAUAUAUAUACUACUAGGUCAGUCUCUAGAUUCUCUAUCUAUACUACUAGGUCAGUCUCUAGAUUCUCUAUCUAUACUACUAGGUCAGUCUCUAGAUUCUCUAUAUAUAUAUACUACUAGGUCAGUCUCUAGAUUCUCUAUAUAUACUACUAGGUCAGUCUCUAGAUUCUCUAUCUAUAUAUACUACUAGGUCAGUCUCUAGAUUCUCUAUAUAUACUACUAGGUCAGUCUCUAGAUUCUCUAUAUAUAUAUACUACUAGGUCAGUCUCUAGAUUCUCUAUCUAUAUACUACUAGGUCAGUCUCUAGAUUCUCUAUAUAUACUACUAGGUCAGUCUCUAGAUUCUCUAUCUAUAUAUACUACUAGGUCAGUCUCUAGAUUCUCUAUCUAUAUAUACUACUAGGUCAGUCUCUAGAUUCUCUAUCUAUACUACUAGGUCAGUCUCGAGAUUCUCUAUAUAUACUACUAGGUCAGUCUCUAGAUUCUCUAUCUAAACUACUAGGUCAGUCUCGAGAUUCUCUAUAUAUAUAUAUACUACUAGGUCAGUCUCUAGAUUCUCUAUCUAUACUACUAGGUCAGUCUCGAGAUUAUCUAUCUAUAUAUACUACUAGGUCAGUCUCUAGAUUCUAUAUAUAUAUAUAUAUAUACUACUAGGUCAGUCUCGAGAUUCUCUAUAUAUACUACUAGGUCAGUCUCUAGAUUCUCUAUCUAUACUACUAGGUCAGUCUCUAGAUUCUCUAUCUAUACUACUAGGUCAGUCUCUAGAUUCUCUAUCUAUAUAUACUACUAGGUCAGUCUCUAGAUUCUCUAUAUAUAUAUACUACUAGGUCAGUCUCUAGAUUCUCUAUAUAUACUACUAGGUCAGUCUCUAGAUUCUCUAUCUAUAUAUACUACUAGGUCAGUCUCUAGAUUCUCUAUAUAUACUACUAGGUCAGUCUCUAGAUUCUCUAUAUAUAUAUACUACUAGGUCAGUCUCUAGAUUCUCUAUCUAUAUAUACUACUAGGUCAGUCUCUAGAUUAUAUAUAUAUAUAUAUAUAUAUAUAUAUAUAUAUAUAUAUAUAUAUAUAUAUAUAUAUAUAUAUAUAUAUAUAUAUAUAUAUAUAUAUAUAUAUACACACAGUGGGGAGAACAAGUAUUUGAUACACUGCCGAUUCUGCAGGUUUUCCUACUUACAAAGCAUGUAGAGGUCUGUAAUUGUUAUCAUAGGUACACUUCAACUGUGAGAGACGGAAUCUAAAACAACAAUCCAGAAAAUCACAUUGUAUGAUUUUUAAGUAAUUAAUUUGCAUUUUAUUGCAUGACAUAAGUAUUUGAUCACCUACCAACCAGUAAGAAUCCCGGCUCUCACAGACCUGUUAGUUUUUCUUUAAGAAGCCCUCCUGUUCUCCACUCAUUACCUGUAUUAACUGCACCUGUUUGAACUCGUUACCUGUAUAGAAGACACCUGUCCACACACUCAAUCAAACAGACUCCAACCUCUCCACAAUGGCCAAGACCAGAGAGCUGUGUAAGGACCAGGGAUAAAAUUGUAGACCUGCACAAGGCUGGGAUGGGCUACAGGACAAUAGGCAAGCAGCUUGGUGAGAAGGCAACAACUGUUGGCGCAAUUAUUAGAAAAUAGAAGAAGUUCAAGAUGAUGGUCAAUCACCCUCGGUCUGGGGCUCCAUGCAAAAUCUCACCUCGUGGGGCAUCAAUGAUCAUGAGGAAGGUGAGGGAUCAGCCCAGAACUACACAGCAGGACCUGGUCUAUGACCUGAAGAGAGCUGGGACCACAGUCUCAAAGAAAACCAUUAGUAACACACUACGCCGUCAUGGAUUAAAAUCCUGCAGCGCACGCAAGGUCCCCCUGCUCAAGCCAGCGCAUGUCCAGGCCCGUCUGAAGUUUGCCAAUGACCAUCUGGAUGAUCCAGAGGAGGAAUGGGAGAAGGUCAUGUGGUCUGAUGAGACAAAAAUAGAGCUUUUUGGUCUAAACUCCACUCGCCGUGUUUGGAGGAAGAAGAAGGAUGAGUACAACCCCAAGAACACCAUCCCAACCGUGAAGCAUGGAGGUGGAAACAUCAUUAUUUGGGGAUGCUUUUCUGCAAAGGGGACAGGACGACUGCACCGUACUGAGGGGAGGAUGGAUGGGGCCAUGUAUCGCGAGAUCUUGGCCAACAACUUCCUUCCCUCGGUAAGAGCAUUGAAGAUGGGUCGUGGCUGGGUCUUCCAGCAUGACAACGACCCGAAACACACAGCCAGGGCAACUAAGGAGUGGCUCCGUAAGAAGCAUCUCAAGGUCCUGGAGUGGCCUAGCCAGUCUCCAGACCUGAACCCAAUAGAAAAUCUUUGGAGGGAGCUGAAAGUCCAUAUUGCCCAGCGACAGCCCCGAAACCUGAAGCAUCUUGAGAAGGUCUGUAUGGAGGAGAGGGCCAAAAUCCCUGCAGCAGUGUGUGCAAACCUGGUCAAGACCUACAGGAAACAUAUGAUCUCUGUAAUUGCAAACAAAGGUUUUUGUACCUAAUAUUAAGUUCAGCUUUUCUGAUGUAUCAAAUACUUAUGUCAUGCAAUAAAAUGCAAAUUAAUUACUUAAAAAUCAUACAAUAUGAUUUUCUGGAUUUUUGUUUUAGAUUCCGUCUCUCACAGUUGAAGUGUACCUAUGAUAAAAAUUACAGGCCUCUACAUGCUUUGUAAGUAGGAAAACCUGCAAGAUCGGCAGUGUAUCAAAUACUUGUUCUCCCCACUGUAUAUACUACUAGGUCAGUCUCUAGAUUCUCUAUAUAUACUACUAGGUCAGUCUCUAGAUUCUCUAUCUAUAUAUACUACUAGGUCAGUCUCUAGAUUCUCUAUCUAUACUACUAGGUCAGUCUCUAGAUUCUCUAUCUAUACUACUAGGUCAGUCUCUAGAUUCUCUAUCUAUACUACUAGGUCAGUCUCUAGAUUCUCUAUCUAUAUAUACUACUAGGUCAGUCUCUAGAUUCUCUAUCUAUAUAUACUACUAGGUCAGUCUCUAGAUUCUCUAUCUAUAUAUACUACUAGGUCAGUCUCUAGAUUCUCUAUCUAUACUACUAGGUCAGUCUCUAGAUUCUCUAUCUAAACUACUAGGUCAGUCUCUAGAUUCUCUAUAUAUCUAUACUACUAGGUCAGUCUCUAGAUUCUCUAUAUCUAUACUACUAGGUCAGUCUCGAGAUUCUCUAUCUAUACUACUAGGUCAGUCUCUAGAUUCUCUAUCUAUAUACUACUAGGUCAGUCUCUAGAUUCUCUAUCUAAACUACUAGGUCAGUCUCUAGAUUCUCUAUCUAUAUACUACUAGGUCAGUCUCUAGAUUCUCUAUCUAUAUAUACUACUAGGUCAGUCUCUAGAUUCUCUAUCUAUAUAUAUACUACUAGGUCAGUCUCUAGAUUCUCUAUCUAUAUAUACUACUAGGUCAGUCUCUAGAUUCUCUAUAUAUACUACUAGGUCAGUCUCUAGAUUCUCUAUCUAUCUAUACUACUAGGUCAGUCUCUAGAUUCUCUAUCUAAACUACUAGGUCAGUCUCUAGAUUCUCUAUAUAUCUAUACUACUAGGUCAGUCUCUAGAUUCUCUAUAUCUAUACUACUAGGUCAGUCUCGAGAUUCUCUAUCUAUACUACUAGGUCAGUCUCUAGAUUCUCUAUCUAUAUACUACUAGGUCAGUCUCUAGAUUCUCUAUCUAAACUACUAGGUCAGUCUCUAGAUUCUCUAUCUAUAUACUACUAGGUCAGUCUCUAGAUUCUCUAUAUAUAUAUACUACUAGGUCAGUCUCUAGAUUCUCUAUCUAUAUACUACUAGGUCAGUCUCUAGAUUCUCUAUCUAUAUAUACUACUAGGUCAGUCUCUAGAUUCUCUAUAUAUAUAUACUACUAGGUCAGUCUCUAGAUUCUCUAUCUAUAUACUACUAGGUCAGUCUCUAGAUUCUCUAUCUAUAUAUACUACUAGGUCAGUCUCUAGAUUCUCUAUCUAAACUACUAGGUCAGUCUCUAGAUUCUCUAUAUAUAUAUACUACUAGGUCAGUCUCUAGAUUCUCUAUAUAUACUACUAGGUCAGUCUCUAGAUUCUCUAUCUAUAUAUACUACUAGGUCAGUCUCUAGAUUCUCUAUCUAUAUACUACUAGGUCAGUCUCUAGAUUCUCUAUCUAUAUAUACUACUAGGUCAGUCUCUAGAUUCUCUAUCUAUAUACUACUAGGUCAGUCUCUAGAUCAGGGGUCACCAACAGGUCGAUCUUCAAGGCAUUCCUAGUCGAUCACUAAACAUUUCUGUAAAAAACCCAACGAUAAAGCCUUGCGUUCCUAUUUGUUUUAUUCAGUUUCUUGCUGUUGGUGGGUGGUGCACUUGUUUCAGCAGCCCUAGCGUCAGGAAGGAAAAGUGUUCCCAUUUUUGAACCAUUUUGUGUGUCUGAAGUCAGAACUCCGCCUACCCGGCAGGCCCAGAGAGCAAAUCAAGUGCACCUCUAUAGGCCUACCGCUGGCCAAUCAGAUAGCUCAGAUCACCGUGUUUUCAGUUUCCUCGAGCCAUAGACUGUAAAAAGAAGCUUAAGAGCGCACAGCAAAGUUGAUACGGUGAGAUUUCAAAACGUUUAAAACCACGACUAGAGAGACUCAACGAAUACAGCAAAGAGCUGCUGUUUUUAUGAGUAAGUUUUAAGUUGUUAUUCAGCACUGUUAACACUUUGUUCAACACUUUUAUAAGACAUAAAAUGCAAGUUCUCCCUACUUCCACUCACGCACUGCAGCUGCAAUAAAUGAGGAGCAAAGUGUUUCGAUAAGCUUGCGUUUCGUCAUCAGUGCUUGACCUGGUCCGGAGCUGUCCAGAGCGCCGUAUCGGCACUUCUAUUUUUUGGGGAAUUGCGUACCGCCUCCUCUAUAAAACAAAAUAGCCUAUCGUCGUCCCGGAUUCACACACCGAAGCAAAAAAAGGUUGAUUAAAGCGCAAUGAAGGCGGGAUCUGCAUUGAAUAGCAAUGGAGAGGGGGCAUUCAUUUCCUGAUUCUACUUUGUUCCAGUUUAUUUGCUGCUAGUCUGUGAAUCUGUGAGUGACAGCAGGCUGUUCAAGAUUGCGCAGAUUGAAAAAUGCGCCAGCCUGAAUGGCAUGAUGCACUGUCCCAAGUUGUCAAAAGUAGGGUUUGUAAGGUCAUGAAAAGUUAUGGAAAUUAGUUUUAAUAAUUUUUCUUAAUGUAAUUCGUGAAGGCACACUUGUAAAUGUUAUCAAUCACUUAAAAAAAUCGACAUAUCAGCCAUUAUCAGAAUGACCCUUCUGUGUGUGUGACGGUGCGAGUGGGCCGUUGCCCGAGGAGAGAGAGCGCGACAUUUUGAGCAGCAGCUAUAAAAUAACGACUAACUAGCUAACCGCUACAAGUUGUUGUUGAAUUGGCUCUCGCUAGUUAACUACAGCUAACUAAGCAUUCAUGUCGUCACCUUUCCACUGCACUGUAGAUAGCUUAAAUAAAUCUGCACUGUUGGAAAGCUGGGGAUUCCCAUCCAUUAAACAGUAGCCAUGUAAUUGUGGUCCUCUGUAGCUCAGCUGGUCCUCUGUAGCUCAGCUGGUAGAGCACGGCGCUUGUAACGCCAAGGUAGUGGGUUCGAUCCCCGGGACCACCCAUACAUAAAAAUGUAUGCACGCAUGACUGUAAGUCGCUUUGGAUAAAAGCGUCUGCUAAAUGGCAUUUUUUUUAUUUAUUUUUUUAUUGUGACAACGUUAAAAGUAUUCUACGAAUAGCCUAAUUGACAUAACUGGCUGUGCAUAGAACUCCCCUGAAACAUGAAUAUUCUAGCCUUUUUAUAUUUAAACAUGUCUAGUUAGAUACCUCGCUUUGAAGGAGCCAACCGUAUCCAUUUGAUCCCCCGAUUCAUUGAAUGAGGGAAUAAUUUUAUAAAGACAAAUGUAUUUGGUUGAACAGCAGCAUUCCAGUAUCAAUAAUACUUACUUUUUUCAUGUAAGCUAUAAUCAUAGUCCAUGAAAAUGUAGUUAAGUCAUGGAAAAUGUGAAUGAAACCUUAACAGUGAAUAGUAGGAGGUCGUCGUUUGUGAAUUUCAGUGAACAUCGUCUAAUGGACUGACUUGGAAAAAGACAGCUCCCGAACCUCACUUCUUCCAUCCCGAGUCAAGCACUGGUUGUUAUUAUCAGGUUGUGUCUUUUUUUUUUUUAAGAAGGAUAUUUCACUUCCUCUGGUCAAAAGGAACCAACAUGAAUUGGUGCAUGAGGCAGAAACAAUGAAGUGUGACUUCAGUUUUUCGCCAUCGGCUGGAAGACUGUCCCCUUUUUUCAGCGGAGGGAGCGAGGGAGGGAGGGAGGGAGGGAGGGAGGGAGCGAGGGAGGGAGGGAGGGUAAGAGAAGGGACGGUGAGUCGGGUGAGAGGCAACCUUACUGCUCCUCUCGCCCUCCCUCCCGCAUGCCCUAGAUCAGUCUCUUCUAUAUAUCUAUAUUUGUGUUUUUUUUUCCAAUCUAUGAUCUAUACUAGGGACAGUUUUUCUUGAACCUGUGACUGGACUAGUAAAAACUCAUGACCUACAUUUUUAACACCAAGUGGGAGUUUUCACUUUCUCAAUACUAUGUUACAAGGAAUGUUACUUUAUCUGACCUUUUUUUUUUCCUGUGUUCCUCCUGGAGGUAUGAGUAUUAUCCUGGGUGUGGCGGAGGGAGAGGUGUUUGUCAACGAUGCAGAGAUCCAGAAGUCAGCGCUCCAGGUGAUCACCAACUGCGUGUGUGCCCCCGACCACACCCUCUCUUCCAUGGGAAGCUUUCUGCACCACCACCACCAGGCCAAGCACCCCCAGGAGAGCGUGCUCACCAAGAUGUGGAACGUUGUCCAGGCCAACAACGGCAUCAAGGUAGGUAGUAUGUUAGAGAGGCAGAUGGCCUAGGGGUUAGGGCUAAGGCUGUUGUAACCUCUGUGUAGGUGUGUCUCUGGGAGGGGAGGGGGGGGGUAAAGUCAUAUAUCUUCUUAUUCCUCUGAUGUUAGUGACUGCAGUAAAGACAGGCUUCCCAUUUUGAUUUUCAAACUCUUUAAAUCCUGUAAUGAAUCACUCCUCCUUCUUCUUCCAGGUCCUCCUUGGUUUACUGACAGUCAAGAUGCCCAUCACGGACGCAGACCUGAUUCGAACGCUGGCUUGUAAGGCUCUGGUUGGUCUGUGUCGCUCCAGGGCUGUCAGACAGAUCAUCUCCAAGCUGCCGCUCUUCUCCUCGUCACACAUACAGCAGCUGAUGAAGGAACCUGUGCUGCAGGACAAACGCUCUCAACACGUCCGCUUCUGCCGCUACGCUGUCGAGCUCAUAGAGAGGGUGUCGGGUAAAUCAAAUCAAAAACCGCCUUCAAAAACAAAACGGAUCAACUGUAUUUGCAUAGCCAGUUUCGUACAAGGUAGCAAUACAAUACUGAAAACAUAAAUCGGAGAUCAUGAAAUGUAGGACCGGACGUUAACAGAAGGCACAUUUUAACUUCUUUAGGAAAACAGCCCCAGUGUUGAAAACAAACAUCCAUGAUGUUGUCGGCCAGUGUCGCAUGUAUUUAUUUCCUAAGCUAUAGCACACACACAGUUUUACAUACAGCAGGUUUUUAAAGGACCAAAGAGUUUGGUCUGUGUGUUCAUUUUAUUGUCCCGGCACCUGAUCAAAUGAACGGUAGGAUAAACAACUAAGACAAAAAGGUGUCUUUCCAUAAUGCUUCUGCUUCCCUCAGGUAAACUUCUUUCCAUAAUGCCUCUGCUUCCCUCAGGUAAACUCCUUUCCAUAAUGCCUCUGCUUCCCUCAGGUAAACUCCUUUUCAUAAUGCCUCUUCUUCCCUCAGGUAAACCCCUGUUGAUAGGGACAGAUGUGUCUUUGGCCCGGCUCCAGAGGGCUAACGUUGUGGCCCAGUCCCGUAUAUCCUUUCCUGAGAAGGAGCUGUUGCUGCUCAUCAGGAACCACCUGGUGGCUAAAGGACUCCUGGACACAGCCUCAGCCCUCACCAAGGAGGCUGAUCUCCCCUCCGGCCCACUCUCCUCCUCCGCCUCGCUCUUCCCGGCGGUCUAUGUAGCUCCUCCCCCCAUCUCUUCGUCCGCUGUAUUACCCAGAACCCCAAGGGGCAUGGCCAACGGAGGAGUGGGAGCGGCUGCUCGCCUCGCUGCAGUGACCCCAUCAUCAUCUUCGUCUUCUUUGGUCCAUACACAGACGCCACGCCCCUCCUCCUCCUCUUCCUCUCUCCCUCCUUCCACCCCCCACGGCCCACCUCCCAUUGGUUCGCCCCAGAUUGGGCGUAUCCUGUUCACGCGGGAGCGCUCCUCUGUCUCCUGUAGCCCUGGAGCUGAACUCUGCAGCGUUGGUGGCAGCAGUGGGAAGCGGCCUUCCAGUGUGCUGAGACAGAAGUCGGACCACGGAGCGUUCAGCCAGAGCCCUGCCAUGAAGAAACAGCUUGACAGACACCUGCCCUCCCCGCCUGCCCUCGACAGCAUCAUCACAGAAUACCUCAGGGAGCAGCAUGCCAGGUUUGAAGACAUUUAUUUAACAUUUAUUCAACAUUUUAUUUUACAUUUAUGCUGACACACCAUCAUAUACAUAAACUCAUCAAAAAAAAGAAACGUCCUCUCACUGUCAACAACUGAGACAUAAACUGAACACGUUCCACAGACGUGUGACUAACAGAAAUGGAAUAAUGUGUCCCUGAACAAAGGGCGGGCGGGGGGGGGGGGGGGGGGGUCAAAAUCAAAAGUAACAGUCAGUAUCUGGUGUGGCCACCAGCUGCAUUAAGUACUGCAGUGCAUCUCCUCCUCAUGGACUGCACCAGAUUUGCCAGUUCUUGCUGUGAGAUGUUACCCCACACUUCCACCAAGGCACCUGCAAGUUCCUGGACAUUUCUGUGGGGGAAUGGGCCUAGCCCUCACCCUCCGAUCCAACAGGUCCCAGACGUGCUCAAUGGGAUUGAGAUCCGGGCUCUUCGCUGGCCAUGGCAGAACACUGACAUCCCGCUCCAGAGUACAGGCCUCGGUGUAACACUCAUUUCUUCAACGAUAAACGCGAAUCCGACCAUCACCCCUGGUGAGAAAAAAACCGCGACUCGUCAGUGAAGAGCACUUUUUGCCAGUCCUGUCUGGUCCAGCGACGGUGGGUUUGUGCCCAUAGGUGAUGUUGUUGCCAGUGAUGUCUGGUGAGGACCUGCCUUACAACAGGCCUACAAGCCCUCAGUCCAGCCUCUCUCAGCCUAUUGCGGACAGUCUGAGCACUGAUGGAGGGACUGUGCGUUCCUGGUGUAUCUCGGGCAGUUGUUGUUGCCAUCCUGUACCUGUCCCGCAGGUGUGAUGUUCGGAUGUACUGAUCCUGUGCAGGUGUUGUUACACGUGGUCUGCCACUGCGAGGACGAUCAGCUGUCCGUCCUGUCUCCCUGUAGCGCUGUCUUAGGCGUCUCACAGUACGGACAUUGCAAUUUAUUGCCCUGGCCACAUCUGCAGUCCUCAUGCCUCCUUGCAGCAUGCCCAAGGCACGUUCAUGCAGAUGAGCAGGGACCCUGGGCAUCUUUCUUUUGGUGUUUUUCAGAGUCAGUAGAAAGGCCUCUUUAGUGUCCUAAGUUUUCAUAACUGUGACCUUAAUUGCCUACCGUCUGUAAGCUGUUGGUGUCUUAACGACCGUUCCACAGGUGCAUGUUCAUUAAUUGUUUAUGGUUCAUUGAACGAGCAUGGGGAAACAGUGUUUAAACCUUUUACAAUGAAGAUCUGUGAAGUUAUUUUCACUAAUUAUCUUUGAAAGACAGGGUCCUGAAAAAGGGACGUUUCUUUUUUUGCUGAGUUUAUAUAUGUAUAUUUCGGACUCUGACGUUGCUCGUUCUAAUAUGUAUAUAUUUAGUAAUUCCUUUUAUUUUUGGGAUUUGUGUGUAUUGUUAGGUAUUACUGCACUGUUGGAGCAUAAGUAUUUCGCUACACCUAAAGAAUAUGUGUACGCGACCAAUAAAAUUUGAUUUUAUUCAUUUAUUUUACGUUUGUUACAAUUUUAUUUUACGUUUAUUUAAACUAAGCAAGUCAAUUUAACAACAAAUGCUUUUAUUUACUUUAUUUCUGAUGUAUUUCUUUAUUUCAGGUGUAGCAACCCAGUGACUACCUGCCCUCCCUUCUCCCUGUUCACACCCCACCAGUGCCCAGAGCCCAAGCAGAGACGCCAGGCCCCUACUAAUAUCACCUCCAGGCUGACCAGCAGGGUGCUGUAUCCGAAACAUGGAGGGGUGGACGGGGGCUGCCUGGACAGACACCUCAUCUUCAGCAGGUAGGCGUCACCUGUCCUCGGAAUGGGCCCGCAUUACGUCCAGGCCUCUGUCUUCGGGUUCAUUUCAGUUGUCUUGAAGUGGCUACAUUCAUUUCCUCACCUCCUUCAAAGGAGGAGAAGACACUGUAAAACUAUUGAGAUGCAGCCAGGAUGUCAUACUCCUUUAGGCUUUUCAUCUAGUCCCCUUCACCUAAGACUAUUGAGGAAGAGAACUUUCCAGAUCCACGUCUGGUCUGACAACAGCUGAGGGGAUGCGCUGUACCAAAAAAUGAUCCAAUGGAGGGAAUCAACGCAGUUGCGCAUUAGAUUAAGCAUUCUCAGUAGGAGGAGCCUACUAUGCUGAUAUUUGUUGCUUACUGCAUUGGUUUUUACUAAACAGUACAUUCUAAAUGGUAUGUAGUACGAUUAUUACACAGUAUGCAGUUUAAGGAAGUAGUCUACAAGCCAGAUUUAGGCCACGGCCAGUGUCUCCUUGUUAGAUACCCUGCUUUACUUUCUCUUUCUGUAGCUCUUCCUGAUGCCUCUCAGGUUUUACGUUAAGCCUCCGUCUCGUCUCUUUCUGUAGCUCUUCCUGAUGCCUCUCAGGUUUUACGUUAAGCCUCCGUCUCUUCUCUUUCUGUAGUUCUUCCUGAUGCCUCUCAGGUUUUACGUUAAGCCUUCGUCUCGUCUCUUUCUGUAGCUCUUCCUGAUGCCCCUCAGGUUUUACGUUAAGCCUCCGUCUCUUCUCUUUCUGUAGUUCUUCCUGAUGCCUCUCAGGUUUUACGUUAAGCCUUCGUCUCGUCUCUUUCUGUAGCUCUUCCUGAUGCCUCUCAGGUUUUACGUUAAGCCUCCGUCUCUUCUCUUUCUGUAGUUCUUCCUGAUGCCUCUCAGGUUUUACGUUAAGCCUUCGUCUCGUCUCUUUCUGUAGCUCUUCCUGAUGCCUCUCAGGUUUUACGUUAAGCCUCCGUCUCUUCUCUUUCUGUAGCUCUUCCUGAUGCCUCUCAGGUUUUGCGUUAAGCCUCCGUCUCGUCUCUUUCUCUAGUUCUUCCUGAUGCCCCUCAGGUUUUACGUUAAGCCUUCGUCUCGUCUCUUUCUGUAGCUCUUCCUGAUGCCUCUCAGGUUUUACGUUAAGCCUCCGUCUCGUCUCUUUCUGUAGCUCUUCCUGAUGCCCCUCAGGUUUUACGUUAAGCCUCCGUCUCGUCUCUUUCUGUAGCUCUUCCUGAUGCCUCUCAGGUUUUACGUUAAGCCUCCGUCUCUUCUCUUUCUGUAGCUCUUCCUGAUGCCCCUCAGGUUUUACGUUAAGCCUCCGUCUCGUCUCUUUCUGUAGCUCUUCCUGAUGCCCCUCAGGUUUUACGUUAAGCCUCCGUCUCGUCUCUUUCUGUAGCUCUUCCUGAUGCCUCUCAGGUUUUGCGUUAAGCCUCCGUCUCUUCUCCUUCUGUAGCUCUUUAGCUUGAGCCCUUCAUGAUGUCUUUCUCCCCAGGUUCCGGCCCAUCUCAGUGUUCAGGGAGGCUGAGGAGGAUGACAGUGGUUUCACCUGCUGUGCCUUCUCAGCCCGCGAGCGUUUCCUGAUGCUGGGGACGUAUACAGGACACCUGAAGCUCUAUAACGUGUUCAGCGGACAGGAGGAGGCUAGCUACAGCUGUCAUACUUCAGCCAUCACUCACCUGGAGCCCUCACGGGUAUGUAGAUUGGAUGGAUGGAUGGAUGGAUGGAUAGAUCAGAGUGGUCAGGAGGAGGAUGGCUACAGCGGUCACUCACCUGGAACCAUCACCGAUCAAUAGUAAUAAUCUACUACUACUACUACAUCUACAAAUAUAGCUGCAAUUAGCCAUCAGGAUAACGUAUACUUCUUGCCACGUUUGCCAAAUAUCAGAACUCAAAAUCAAACGGGUCAUGCAAUAUGUAUUUUGGACAAUUUUUCAUGACAGGGCUGGGAAUUGCCAGGGACCUGAUGAUACGAUAUUAUCAUGGUACUUUGGUGCCGAUACGAUAUGUAUUACGAUUCUAUAUGUAUUGCAAUUUGAUACUGUGAUUUUUAUUGUGAUUCGUGGAUCCAAAUAUUGCUCCUCAUAUUGCUGCAGAGGAACAAGCUAGAGCCAUGAGAAAACAAGUUUUGAUCAGUUAUGGAGAAAAAAAAUUGCUGGGAAAAAAAUUGGCUCCCUCUUUAAAAAGAAGAUGGAGAACAAGCUAUAAAGGAAAAAUACUGGAGUUGUGGCGCAGGUAUAGCCAACGAGCGCAAAAAUUAUAUUGUGAUAUUGUCAAAACGAUACUUUACGAUAUAUCGUCAAAGAUAAUAUCCCAAGGGCCUCCCGAGUGGCGCAGCGGUCUAAGGCAGUGCUAGAGGCGUCGCUACAGACCCAGGUUCAUUCCCAGGCUGCGCCACAACCAGCCGUGGCCGGGAGUCCCAUAGGACGGCGCACAAUUGGCCCAGCGUCGUCCGGGUUAGGGGAGGGUUUGGCCGGGGGGGGGGGGCUUUACUUGGCUCAUCGCGCCCUAGCGACUCCUUGUGGCGGGCCGGGUACCUGCAGGCUGUCCCCGGUCGCCAGUUGAACGGUGUUUCCUCCGACACAUUGAUAUGGCUGGCUACCGGGUUAAGCUGGCGGGUGUUAAGGAGUGCGGUUAGGCGGGUCAUGUUUCGGAGGACGCAUGACUCCACCUUUGCCUCUCCCGAGCCCGUUGGGGAGUUGCAGCGAUGAGACGAUCGAAAUUGGGGAGAAAAAGUAAGUAAAAAUUAAAAAUAAUAAAAAUAUCCCGAUAUGUAACUGUAUCCUAUCCCCCCCCCCCCCCCCCCCCCCCCCACCUUGAGGCAAAUUUGUUCCUUUUGAGGAGAGGAACCUAUGUACCGAAUUUCAGGACUAGCUCGGAAAAGGGGUGAGGGGCGUGAGCUUUCGAAGUUUUUGUAUUUUCAAUCACUUGUGACAUAACUAGCAGAAAUGCCGGGGUUCAAGCUGUGGGCCCACUUUGCCACCAUCAGGACAAAUUGGACACAUCAGCCUAGGAUGAGCUACUUCUGUACGUUACCAUUGUAGCCAAAUACCAAAACUCAAAACCAAACUGAUCAUGCAAAAUGCUUUUGAUGUAUAUUUGACUGUUUUUAAUGAUGUCGACUACUUUAAAUGUCUUCUUCUCCAGAACCGAAGGACCGUUCGGCACCAAAUUUGCCACAUAGCAUCUAUGGAUGCACAUCUUCGAACCCUAACCCCGUUUUCCAAGACUCUUGCUCAAACAAUAUGGCCGCAAUGAGCUUGCAUGAAUGAUUUUUCCUGUUCAACAGCGGCCAAACUGAACCAAAUUUCAUCACAGUCAAACAGGUCAAGAGAUAUACAUGUGCCCGUUACAGCGCCACCGUGUGGUGAAUCUGAAUGUGCUUUCAUGUGUUGGGUCCUUACAGUGUUUGGAACGUGUACCAAGUUUGGUUACAAUGCGAAUAUCCGUGUCUGACAACGCCCACGUGAAUGUUUAUUGGUCAGUAGCAGCCAUUGUUUUUUUUUUUGCCAUGCUAGUCUGUAAAAACGUUUUGAGAGACCUUGGUCCAUACAUGCCGUGUAUCAAGUUGAGUGCAGAUCUGUCUUUCGGGUGCUAGAUGAGUAGCGUUUGAAGUGUUUUUCUAAACUUCCAUCAUGGCAAGGCCUUAUGGGUCCUUGAGGCAAACCUUUUCUUUGUGAGGAGAGGGACAUACACUACCAGUCAAAUGUUUGGGGACACCCACUCAUUCAAGGGUUUUUCUUUAUUUUUACUAUUUUUUCUACAUUGUAGAAUAAUAGUGAAGACAUCAAAACUAUGAAAUGUGGUCCUCUGUAGCUCAAUUGGUAGAGCAUGGCGCUUGUAACGCCAGGGUAGUGGGUUCGAUCCCCGGGACCACCAAUACGUAAAAAUGUAUGCACACAUGGCUGUAAGUCGCUUUGGAUAAAAGCGUCUGCUAAAUGGCAUAUUAUAUUAUUAUUUAUGAAAUAACACAUAUGGAAUCAUGUAGUAACCAAAAAAGUGUUAAACAAAUCUAAAUAUAGUUGAUAUUUUAUAUUCUUCAAAUAGCCACCCUUGAUGAAUGCAUUUAAAUUAAGUUGUGCCUUCUUAAAAGAUAAUUUGUUGAAUUUCUUUCCUUCUUAAUGCGUUUGAGCCAAUCAGUUGUGUAGAGGGGGGGUAUACAGAAGAUAGCCCUAUUUGGUAAAAGACCAAGUCCAUAUUAUGGCAAGAACAGCUCAAAUAAGCAAAGAGAAACGACAGUCCAUCAUCACUUUAAGACAUGAAGGUCAGUCAAUACGGAACAUUUCAUAGAACUUUGAAAGUUUCUUCAAGUGCAGUCGCAAAAAAACCAUCAAGCGCUAUGAUGAAACUGGCUCUCAUGAGGACCGCCACAGGACUGAAGGAGUAAUCACUGUAGCAGACCACCACAGGACUGGAGGAGUAAUCACUGUAGCAGACCACCACAGGACUGGAGGAGUAAUCACUGUAGCAGACCACCACAGGACUGGAGGAGUAAUCACUGUAGCAGACCACCACAGGACUGGAGGAGUAAUCACUGUAGCAGACCACCACAGGACUGGAGGAGUAAUCACUGUAGCAGACCACCACAGGACUGGAGGAGUAAUCACUGUAGCAGGCCACCACAGGACUGGAGGAGUAAUCACUGUAGCAGGCCACCACAGGACUGGAGGAGUAAUCACUGUAGCAGGCCACCACAGGACUGGAGGAGUAAUCACUGUAGCAGACCACCACAGGACUGGAGGAGUAAUCACUGUAGCAGACCACCACAGGACUGGAGGAGUAAUCACUGUAGCAGACCACCACAGGACUGGAGGAGUAAUCACUGUAGCAGACCACCACAGGACUGGAGGAGUAAUCACUGUAGCAGACCACCACAGGACUGGAGGAGUAAUCACUGUAGCAGACCACCACAGGACUGGAGGAGUAAUCACUGUAGCAGACCACCACAGGACUGGAGGAGUAAUCACUGUAGCAGACCACCACAGGACUGGAGGAGUAAUCACUGUAGCAGACCACCACAGGACUGGAGGAGUAAUCACUGUAGCAGACCACCACAGGACUGGAGGAGUAAUCACUGUAGCAGACCACCACAGGACUGGAGGAGUAAUCACUGUAGCAGGCCACCACAGGACUGGAGGAGUAAUCACUGUAGCAGACCACCACAGGACUGGAGGAGUAAUCACUGUAGCAGACCACCACAGGACUGGAGGAGUAAUCACUGUAGCAGACCACCACAGGACUGGAGGAGUAAUCACUGUAGCAGACCACCACAGGACUGGAGGAGUAAUCACUGUAGCAGACCACCACAGGACUGGAGGAGUAAUCACUGUAGCAGGCCUCAAUAGUAUUAUAACUAUCAGUGGCAGACUGGCAGUAUGCUUCCCCCCCCCCCCCCCCGAGUUUCUUCUUCCAACACUUCUCUCCUGUGUGUGUGUUUUAGGACGGUUCUCUGCUGCUGACGUCUGCCUCGUGGGGUGUUCCUCUGUCAGCUCUCUGGAGCAUGCAGUCCGUCUUCCAGAUGAAGUUAGUCACACUCUGUGCCGUAGUCUGAACUGCUUAGUCAUCGACUGGUCUGGUUAGUCAUUGACUGGUCUGGUUAGUCAUUGACUGGUCUGGUUAGUCAUUGACUGGUCUGGUUAGUCAUUGACUGGUCUGGUUAGUCAUUGACUGGUCUGGUUAGUCAUUGACUGGUCUGGUUAGUCAUUGACUGGUCUGGUUAGUCAUUGACUGGUCUGGUUAGUCAUUGACUGGUCUGGUUAGCCAUUGACUGGUCUGGUUAGUCAUUGACUGGUCUGGUUAGUCAUUGACUGGUCUGGUUAGUCAUUGACUGGUCUGGUUAGCCAUUGACUGGUCUGGUUAGUCAUUGACUGGUAUGGUUAGCCAUUGACUGGUAUGGUUAGCCAUUGACUGGUAUGGUUAGCCAUUGACUGGUAUGGUUAGCCAUUGACUGGUAUGGUUAGUCAUUGACUGGUAUGGUUAGCCAUUUCUUUAGACACUUUCACAAACAAACCGCCAUCAUGAUUCUCUUUCUGUGUUUCAGGCAUUCCUUUUUGGACGACCAUUACGUUGAGUUCAGUAAACUGUCACAAGACCGAGUGAUUGGCACCAAGGACCAAGUAGCUCAUGUAAGUCUGCUCUCCACCUCUUCUUACACCGUGUGUUUUCUGUCACUUGUUGCUGACCUUAUACUUUGAACUCACGGUGUAAUGCUGCUUCCCAGUACUUCCUACGAGCAGUGUGCAGGUCUCUCAUUUCUUUAUCCAUGGUAGUUUUUGCCCGGCACCGGCUUUCUCAAGUUUAGGAUGUUAAUUUCACCUUGUUUUUGUGUCCUGUCCAAGAUCUAUGACAUCCAGUCAGGCCAGAAGCUGCUGACCCUGAAUGACCCUGGCCUGGCCAACAACUACAAGAGGAAUUGUGCAACUUUUAACCCUAGCGACGACCUGGUGCUGAAUGACGGAGUCAUGUGGGACGUGCGCUCUGCUCGGGCCAUCCACAAGUUUGACAAGUUCAAUAUGAACAUCAGCGGCGUGUUCCAUCCCAACCGCCUCGAGGUCAUCAUCAACACAGAGAUUGUAUCCUUAUUCCUUCCUGUUUGGUUAACAUGUAACAUUACUGACAAUAAGGGUAUGAACAACUUUAUUAACAAAAAGAACAGUCGCAACUCACUACAGUAAAUGUAAUGCUCGCGUUUAUUAACAGAGCAAAUCUACCUAAUUAGAAAUAUAUAUAUAUAUCUGUAAAAAUGCAUCCUGUUGCUUUUAUUGUGAGUAGCGCCAGAUGUGUAUAAACUUAGAGGGGGGGAUCUAAUUGUUGCCUUUAUAACUAGGGUGGGAGUUUAUCCACGUCAUGUCAGUAAAAAACAGCCCCAGGGUGAACAUUGAUGUGUGAUUGAAGCUGUUUGGAAGUGACGAUAACCUUGACAGCUAGGCCAGUGGGACCUGAGAACGUUCCAUCUCCUCCACACUGUGCCUGCCCUGGACCAGUGUAGAGGGGUGUUUAACAACAACGCCACCGUCAUGUACGGAGCCAUGCUGCAGGCUGAUGAAGAGGAUGAUGUGAUGGACCGACAGAUGAAGAGUCCCUUUGGUUCCUCCUUCAGAACCUUUGACGCCACCGACUACAAACCCAUCGGUACGACCUAAAGGUCACAGGUCAAGCAUAGGGUUUUUGUUUCGUGGGUAGUGGCAUGUUGGUUGAAAUUAACUUCUGGUUGUAUGUUCUUCCUCAGCUACUGUGGAUGUGAAGAGGAAUAUUUUUGACCUGUGUACUGACACCAGGGACUGCUACCUGGCUGUCAUUGAGGUAAACGUCCUAGUUCUAUUUCCAUUGCUGAUAUUCCAAGUUAAAUCUUCUAUCUCUGCUUUGAACAUUUCAUCAGUAUAUAUGGUUGAAAUCAUGUAGGAAGAAUGAGCUGUAUUGUGUGUGUCCCAUAUUCUUACUUAUGGUUAGGGUGGUGAUUGGGGUUAUGGGUUGGGGUUAUGGGUUGGGGUGGUGAUUGGGGUUAUGGGUUGGGGUUAUGGGUUGGGGUGGUAUUGGGGUUAUGGGUUGGGGUGGUAUUGGGGUUAUGGUUGGGGGCGGUUGGGGUUAUGGUAGGGUGGUGGUUGGGGUUUUAUGUUAGGGUGGUGGUUUGGGUUUGGGUGGUGUGUGGUUGGGGAGGGGUGGUGGUUGGUGGUGGUUGGGGUUUGGGUUGGGUGGGGUUAGGUGGUUGGGUGGUUGGUUGGGGUUGGGGGUAGGGUGGGGUGUAGUGGGGUUGGGUGUGGGGGUUUGGGUUGGGUUUGGUGGUGGUUGGGGUUAUGGGUUAGGGUGGUGGUUGGGGUUCGUGUGGUGGUGGGGUGGUGUGGUUGGGGUUAGGGUUGGGGUGGUGGGGUUGGUGGGUUUGGGUUGGGGGGUCGGGUGGGUGGGGUGGGGGUAUGGGUUGGGUUUUGGUGGUGGUUGGGUUUGGUUGGGUGUUGGGUGGUGUGGUUUGGUUUGGUGUUUGGGUGUUGGUUUGGGUUUGGGUUGUGGUUUGGGUGUUUGUUUGGGGUUAGUUUGGGUUUUGUUGGUGUUGGGUUUGGUUUGGGGUUUUAGGGUUGUUGGGGUUAGGUGGUUGGUUGGGGUUUGGUGUUGGGUUGGGUGGGUUUGGUUUGGUGUUAGGUUUGGUUUGGUUUGUUGUGUUGGGGUUUGUUGGGUGUGUUGGGUUGGUUUGGGUUAUGGUGUGGUUGGGUGGUGGUUGGUGGUUUGGGUUUGUUGGUGUGGUUUGGUUGGGUUGGGUGGUGGUUUGGGGUUUGGGUUAGUUUGGGUUUGGGGUUGGGGGUUUUGGGGUUGGGGUUUUGGGUGGUGUUGGGGUUGGGUGGGGUUUGGUUGGGGGUUGGGUUGGGGGGUUGGUUGGGUGGUGGGUUUGGGUUUUGGGGGUUUUUUUUUGGGGUGUUUGGUUGGUUGGUUCGGGUGGGGUUUUGGGGUUGGGGUUGGGUUUGGGGGGGGGGUUUUUGGGGGGGGUUUUUGGGGGGGGGGGGUUGGGGUUGGGGUUGGUGGUUUUGGGGGUUUUUUGGGGUUUUUUUUGGUUUUUUUUUUUGGUUUUGGGGGGGUUUUUUUGGGUUUGGGUUGGGGUUUUUUUUUGUUGGGUGGGUUGGGGGUUUUGGUUGGGGGUGGUGUUUGGGGUUUUGGUUUGGGUUUGGUGGUUGGGGUUUGGUUUUUUUGGGUUUGGGGUGGUUGGUUCGGGGGGGUGGUUUGGGGUUUGGGUGUGGGGUGGUGGGUUUAUUGGGUUGGGGUUUGGUGGUGUUUCGGGUGGUGGUUGGGGUUUCUGGGUGUGGUGGUGGUUGGGUUCUGGGUUGGGUUUGGGUGGUUGGUGUUCGGGUGGUGGUUUGGGUUUUGGGGUGGCUGGUGGUGGUUGGGGUUAUGGGUUAGGGUUUGGGUGGUGGUUGGGGUUAUGGGUGGUGAUUAGGGUUAUGGGUUAGGGUUUGGGUGGUGCAAUUCUCCCUGAUGAUGCCAUGCUAUUGCUCUCUGUUCUACUCUCUUCUUCGUGUGUCCCAAAAAGAAACUAGAGUAGAAUGUGGGAAGUUUAGUCCUCUCUGUUAGUCAGCAGUUCAUCUCAAGGUGUAUAUUCUUCUAAUGUCUAUAGAACCAGGACUCCGUCAACGUGGACACAGUGUGUCGCCUGUAUGAAGUGGGGAGACGGAGACUAGCUGAGGAGAGAGAGGAUGAUGAAGAACAGGUAAGAGAUGCUUCUCUAAACUAAACUCAGUCUAACUUUAGUUUCUUCUCUAUACUAAACUGUAACUUUAGUCUCUUCUCAAAACUCAGUAUAACUUUAGUUUCUUCUCUAUAUCAACUCUCCCCUAGUAUUCCUUAUCUCUAAUAUCCAGUCUCUCCAUUGCUGGACCCUAUUGCCCAGUGGUCUUCCAUCUAGGUUCUGAGGACCCACAGGGGUUGCACACCAGAACGUUGUUCCUAUCCUAGCCCAUCACUAAAACACCUGCCCCAGCCUCUCCCAACUGUUUGCCCUUGUGUUAAUGUGUUCAAAUGUAUCGAAGUAUGUUGUCUAAAUGUGUGUUUUUUGAAUGUUUCAUCUUGCUUCACCUUGUAUUGAGGUAAUGUGUCUGAAUAUCCCCCCACCAGGAGGAUCAAGACGAUGAUGAUUCUGAUGAUGAUGAUGAUGAUGACGAUGAUGACAUGGAUACAGACCCGCUAUUGGCCGAGCUGAUCGAGGGAGGAGACGGAGAAGGAGGAUGGAGGAAACGAUUUGUCUCCCUCGGAUGAUGACGCGGUGGCCCGGCUGCUCAAUGCUGACGAUGAGGAUGAGGAAGACUCUAACAAUGAUGCUGAGAUUGACCUGGGAUGUGAGUCUUCUUGGGACAAUCGUUUAACACACGCACACCAAACAUCCACCAGUCAUGUCUAGAAGCAGCCCAAGACCGGCAGCAUUGGAGAUGUUUAGUACAGGCCCUGUUUCCCCAGGAACCAAGAGGAUUAGGUCAAAUUCAUUGAUUGAUCAAUUGAUUUUGGGGUAAAACAAUUAGUACGGUUUCAAACCGUAAAGGUAAGUUAUUAAGUACACAAACACACACCCCGUGAACUUAUUUUUAUCUCCCUGUCUGUCUUCCCAUACAGCUGACAGUUCCGACAGCUCAGACGGCAGUACAGACACCUCGGACCUGGAGGACCAGCUCUUCCUGUCUAUGAGCGAC